AUGUAUACCAUCACUUUCCUCCUAUUCUCCAUUUGGAUCUUUCUACUGUACAGGCGAUACAGCAACAGACCGCCAACUGGCACGAAGGCCGCGCCAGGUCCUGCUGGUCUUCCGGUUCUUGGGAAUGCACAUCAAUUGGGCCAGCAACCGCACCAGCAAAUCACCGCGUGGGCUCGCGAGUACGGCGAAGUCUACAAAAUCCGUUUGGGCUGGAACGACUGGUACAUGAUUUGUUCUCCCGAAGCAUGCAAGGAGAUUCUGGAUAAACAAUCUGCCCAUACAAGCUCUCGAACGCCGUUGCCGGUAUCUGGUGAUGCACUUGGUGGUGGCAUGCGAUUCCUGUUUAUGGAAUACGGACCGGAAUGGCGGAAGCUGAGAGGCAUCAGUCAUAAGCUUUUGACACCUGCUGUCAGUGCGACGUUCAAGCCCAGUCAGGAUUUUGAGGCGAAGAUGUUGCUUGAAGAGAUACUGAAGGGUGCAGAUGCAGCGCAAGGGAAUGGAGUUAGCUACAAGGCCAUUCGAAGAUACACUGUGAGCGUCAUCAUGACUAGCACGUAUGGGAGACGUAUUCCAGAAUGGGAUUGCGACGAAGUGCACGGUAUCUACGACAUAAUGAACGACUUUUCCACGAUCGCAAAACCAGGGACGUACCUAGCAGACACGCUUCCGUUUCUCGGCAAGCUUCCACCGCAACUACAAUGGUGGCGUAAGGCGGUCAAACCUUACUUUGACAAACAAGCCAAUUUGUGGAUGUCUUUCUGGAGUACACUCAAGACUCAGAUGGAGACCAAGCAGGCCCCGGAAUGCUUCGUCAAGCAAUUCAUCGAGAGCGAUUACGAGAAGCAGGGUAUCAGUGAACUGCAGGCGGCGUUCUUAGCUGGUAGCAUGAUCGAAGCGGGCAGUGAGACAACAUCCGCGGCACUCAACACUGCUAUUCUCUACCUCAACGCGAACCCGGACGCACGACAGAGAGCAAUCGACGAAAUCAGAGGUGUCAUUCCACCUUCUCGGUCACCAACAUUUGAAGACGAACCGGGACUGCCCUUUAUCCGUGCCAUCGUCAAAGAGACUCUACGCUUACGCCCCGUCACUAACAUCGGUACACCACAUUACACGACUGCGCCUAUAACCUACAAAGGCAUCCACAUACCUGCCAAGUCAGUCGUAUGUCUACAACAAUACCCGAUACACUACGACUCCAACGUGUUCGAGGACCCUCAUAGCUUCAAGCCCGAGCGCUAUCUAAACCACCCUCAUGGAAGUGGACACUAUGCAGCCGGACCAGCUGCAAGCCGCGAUCACUGGGCUUUUGGUGCGGGCCGUAGGAUCUGCUCGGGCGUGCAUCUAGCCGAGAAUAGUAUGUUCAUCGUGCUAGCCAAGCUGUUAUGGGCUUUCGACAUCUUGCCGCCGCUAGAUCCACAUGGAAAUGAAGUGCAGGUAGAUACCAGCGAUGAAGCGUUUGAUGCUGUCGGAAGCACGACGAUGGCGAAGCCGUACGUGGUGAGAUGGAAGCCGCGCAGUGAGGAGACUAAGGAGACGAUCUCGAGAGAAGCGGCUGAAGCUAGGAGGGAUGGAUAUGUAUUGAGGGGUGUGCGUGUUGGUGAGGAAGGUGUUAAGCUAUAG